UUACCAGUGAAUCAUCGCACCGUUAGACAUAUAUAUUGCGGUUUCACAGUCGUCUGUUCAGUUCUCCUCUGCGUACACGUGUCUGUAAGAACUUCGAAAACCAGGAAUAAGGAUAAAUAUUCUCAUCAUGUCAGCUAACAGAGCCACAAAGAGCGGACUUGCCCGUGAGGCCCAGGACAAGAUCAACAGUAAGUACAGCGAGGAGCUAGCUUGUAAAGUGCUUCAAUGGGUCCAACAGAACACAGGGGAGUCGUUCAGCACCGAUGGCAGUAAGGAGAACUUCUACGAAGUGUUAAACGACGGUUACAUCUUGGGCCGUUUGGCCAUGAACCUUGGCUCUAAAAAGGUAGCGGAUAAAGACCUAAGUAAGCGACAGACAAUGUCUUUCAAAAAAAUGGACUUGAUUGGAAAAUUCAUAGAAGCAGCUAAAGGUCUUGGUGUCGCGGAUUGCGAUAGAUUUCAGACAGUAGACCUGACUGACCAAGCUAACCUAAACCAGGUCGUGGUUUGUCUGGACGCUCUGGGCAGGAAGAUGGGGACAUUCGGAGUAAAGGAAGCCACGAAAAACGAGCGACAGUUUACAAAAGAACAGCUGGAUGCAGGGAAAAACGUGAUCAGUUUACAAUAUGGUUCAAAUCAAGGUGCAAGUCAGGCCGGUCAGAACUUCGGCUGUCAACGACACAUUAUCGACUAAAUCUAAAAACUACAGACACAAAAAGGUUAACUUGCAUUUGGCACAGGAAUGACAACUGGAGACGUGCCGCACAGCUGCCUGUUAAAUACCUGUCGAAAUAAUUCAGUUCAUUCAUAAACUUGGUCUAAAACAAUUUCACGCAUACCUACUUGCAUACGUGUUACACAUACUUCUUGAUAUUGUUAAACAUGUUAAUGUAUGUGUGUGUGUGCGUUCAAUUAGCCAAGUGGUACACCUAUAUGUUGAAUAGCUUGUACAAAUGUCUAUACUUAAACGUUGGUGCUUAACAUAUGUGCGCAUGUAUACCUUAUUCCUGAACAGGACAUUACUACUCUUGUGUACUGUGCAGACAGUUUUGCGGAACACUUUUAAAUGUUUACACGUGUGUAUACGCACGCGUAUCCAAUAUACAUCUAGCACGUGUGGACACACAUGGGUGGUUUCUGGACACUAGCUCGAAGUUACGUCUUGGUCAAAAGAAACCGAAAACGGAAGUGAGGAAAGCGUGGGAGAAAUUCAAGUUCAAAAGAUGUGUGCGAGGUGAAGCGAGAUUUUGAGUGAGAGCAAGGGAGACUAAGAUUUUAAAAGUUCAUGCAAAGGACCAAUGCCUUACUAUCCAUUCUACAUAUUGCCUUCUCCAUUUGGGGACCAAAGUCAUCAUUUACUUUGUUAUUUACAUUAAAAUAAAUAAUGGAAACUAAAUACAAA